AUGAUCAUCUUAAGCUGGAACUGCCGAGGGAUUGGGAACCCUCGGACAGUUCGAGAACUUCACCUUUUGGUGAAGGAGAAGGGCCCAAGAAUAGUCUUCCUGUCAGAAACAAAAUGCAGGAGGGAUAGAGUGGAGGGUGUGAGAAACAAGGUGGGUUUUGAUGAAAGUUUUGUUGUGGACAGUGUAGGGAGAAGUGGGGGGUUAGCAAUGAUAUGGAAAGCCGAGAUGCAAGUGGAUCUUUACUCUUAUUCCCAAAGCCACAUUUCUCUGCUAGUAAGUCAGAAUGAGGGAGGACAAAAGGUUAUGGUGACAGGCUUUUAUGGGAAUCCUGUGGUGGAGAAAAGGAAAUUAAGCUGGAACUUGCUCAGAAGGCUUAAACCAAAGGGUCAGAUGGCUUGGCUAUGCUGUGGUGACUUCAAUGAACUGCUCACCAAUGAGGAGCAGCAUGGUGGAGGUAACAGGACUUUCUCUCAAAUGAAAUACUUUAGAGAAGCGCUUGAUGAGUGUGAGCUCAGUGAUUUAGGCUAUGAAGGAUCAAAAUUCACUUGGAGCAAUAAAAGGGAAGGGAAUGCUUUCAUUAAAGAAAGAUUGGAUCGUGCUUUUGGCAACCACAAAUGGCAUCUGUCCUUCCACCAGACAAGAGUGCAGGAUUGGGCAAAAUCUUUGGGAGGGAGAAAGAAGAGAAAUUUACAGCAAAAAAGAAGCAUAUUACAAGAGGUUCUAGAUGCUAAUAAGGGAGAAUUAAAUGAUGAGAUAAAAAGGCUGCAGGGAGAGAUAGAUGACUUGCUGAAGGAAGAGGAAGUUAGAUGGAGACAAAGGUCUAAACAGCUUUGGUUAAAAGAAGGGGAUAGAAACUCUAAAUACUUUCACAAGUGUGCUACUCAAAGGAGACAAUGGAAUGCAAUAAGGGUGGUUGGAAAUGAAACUGGACAGGUGGCUAGAAAUCAAGAGGAGAUCAGUUCUUUGUUCCAAGAAUACUAUCAGAACUUGUUUGAGUCCUCAAACCCUCGAAACAUUGAGGAAGUUUUGAGGGCCAUUGAACCAGGAGUAACCAUACAUAUGAACAGGCAGCUAGUGAAGGAAUGUAGCUUUGAUGAGGUGAAACAAGCUGUUUUUGAAAUGGAUCCGAUGAGUGCACCAGGCCCUGAUGGCUUUUCAGCAGGUUUUUACCAAGAUCACUGGAUGUGUGUGGGGCCUGCAGUAUAUAUGGCAGUUAAAGAGGUGUUGUCUGGUGAAAGAGGGGUGGGCAGGCUUAAUGAAACUUAUAUAGUCCUAAUCCCAAAGAAGAAAAAGCCAGCUCUUGUCUCUGAAUACAGACCUAUAAGCUUGUGCAAUGUGCUUUAUAAAGUUGUGUCUAAAGUGCUGGCAAACAGGCUGAAAAGGAUACUCCCUUUGCUCAUCUCACCCUCUCAAAGUGCCUUUGUGCCGGGUAGAUUAAUCUCAGAUAACAUUGUUGUAGCAUAUGAGGCUAUGCACUCUAUGCAACAUAGAAUGAGGGGUAAGAAAGAAGGGUACAUGGCAGUCAAGCUGGACAUGAGCAAGGCAUAUGACCGUAUUGAGUGGGAUUUCUUGGCAGCGGCUUUGAAGAGCUUUGGCUUUGAUGACAGAUGGAUUGGUUUGAUCAAGACCUGUGUGGAAACAGUACUUGGCAGGAUGCUAAACAAAGCUGAGGAAAAAGGAUUUAUCUCUGGGUUUCCUUUUGCUCGAGGCACUUUAUUGGUUAACCACCUCUUUUUUGCAGAUGAUAGUUUAUUCUUCUGCAAAGCAAAUCCAUUGGAAUGGAGCAGGCUGUACAGCAUACUAAACCAGUAUGAAAAUGCAUCUGGUCAGAGAUUAAACAUGGAGAAAACUGCACUGUUUUUCAGCAAGAACACACGUACUGAAACCAAGGAAGCUAUACUGGCAGGAGCUAGUCUGAGUGAAGCAAGAACAUAUGAGAAAUACCUAGGCCUCCCUUCAUACGUAGGAAGGCACAAAGUGGCAGCUUUCAGACCUAUCCUGGAGUCCAUAAGAAACGGAAUGAACAACUGGAAGGUUAAAUUCCUUUCACAGGCAGGCAAGGAAGUUCUGAUGAAGUCUAUAGUCCAGGCAAUUCCAACUUAUUGCAUGAGCAUCUUCAAACUCCCAAGGGCAGUGCUAAAUGCAAUAAACAAGCUAAUGAAAAAGUUCUGGUGGGGCAGCAAAGAAGAAAAGACCAAGACUCAAUGGAUCCCAUGGAAACAAAUGGGAAAAUCAAAAAAGGAAGGAGGGCUAGGUUAUAGGGACUUUGAAGAGUUUAACCUGGCUCUACUAGCAAAGCAGGGAUGGAGGAUCAUACAACAUCCCUCUUCCCUAGCAGCAAGAGUACUUAAAGCUAAGUACUUCUUCAGGACAGAUUUCCUAAAGGCCAAGGUGGGGAGUAAUGCAUCCUUCCUAUGGAGAAGUUUCAUGGAGGCUAGACCAGUCCUGCAAGAGGGCCUUACAUGGAGAAUAGGAAAUGGUGAUUCAGUGCAUAUUUGGGCAGACAAGUGGAUCCCGAGACCCUCUUCCUACAAAGUUCAGUCCCCUCUACAAGAUGAAUAUGCUUCUAGUAGGGUGUCUGCACUAAUUGACCUAGCAACAAGGGAAUGGAAUAUGGAAACUCUUAAAAAGGUCUUCACGGAGGAGGAAGUGGUGCUGGUGAGUAGAAUUCCUAUUAGUGUGUGUAACGCUCAAGACAAGCUGAUAUGGAGGUGUACUAGUGAUGGUAAAUUCUCGGUUAGGAGUGCUUACUACCUGGCAGGAGAAAUGGCAGCAGAACAUAAAGGACAGUCCUCUCAAUUAGGACAGAAGAGUGACUUAUGGACUAGACUCUGGAAAUUUAAGGUACCAAGUGCCACACGCAUGCUCUUAUGGAGAGCCUGUCAUGACUCACUGCCUACAAAACAGCAACUAGUGAAGAGGAAAAUUGCUUUAUCCCCUUUGUGUCCAAUCUGUAUUUCUGAAACAGAAACCACUACUCAUGCACUUUGGUCCUGCUGUUCUGCCCAAGAUGUGUGGGGAUUCAAUCCAAACUGUUUACAGAAGCUAAAGGUGGUGGACAUUCCAUUUAAGGAGUUGGUUACAGAGCUACUCGAUGGAUUAGAUGAGCACAGCUUUGCAGUCUUUGCUGAAACUGCAUACAUGCUGUGGAGGAGAAGAAACAGUUAUGUGUUUGAUGGAGAGUUCUUGGACCCCAAUGCACUUUUUCACAAGGCCAACUGGGAUGCCUCGGUGGACAAGGCCAAAUGCAGAAUAGGCAUAGGAGUGAUCAUUAGAGAUUGGAGGGGCAAGGUUGUGGCUACACUCAGAUGUCAAAGGGCCUUAUUUCCAGAUCCUGUAUUAGCAAAGACAUUAGGAGCUCUUAAAGCAAUCUCUCUGUGCCAACAGCUACAUAUAAAUAGAGUUAUUCUAGAGGGAGAUGCUAAGGCAGUGGUGGAUGACAUUAACUGUGACUUAGUGAAGUGGAACUCAGGAGGCAUGAUCAUCCAAGACAUUAGGCACAAGACUAAGUCGAUGGUACAGUGUUCUGUGUAG